AUUAUAUGAAAUACGUUGGCUUGCAUGGUAUGAGGCUAUUAAAAAUAUUUGUGAUUCGAUUUCAGCUUUACUUAAAAUUUUCAAAGAAUCAAAAAAAAAGAAUGGAAAAGAAUUAUAUAAUCAGCUAACAUCUUGGAGGACACUUGCAUUUUUAUAUUAUUUUAAUGAUAUUUUAGAACAUGUAACACAAUUAAUUCAGGCAUUUAUUGAUGAAACGAAUCCAUUUGGAAAUUCUGUAAUAACAUAUAUGGAUAAUGAACUUUCAUUUGUUGAACAAGAUGGUGAUGAUUUUAUAAUGGAUAUACAUGAUUAUGCAACAAGUGUUAUUAAUGAACUUCAACAAAGAUUUCCUAAUAGGUCAUUAUUUACUUCUAUGAAAGUAUUAAAUCCUCGCGAAUGGCCAAAAGAUUCUCAAGAAUUAUUGUAG